AUGAUAGAACAUGGGAUUCGAGGAGGUUUGUGUCAGGUAUCGCACCGAUAUGCAGAAGCAAAUAAUAAAUACAUGAGUAACUCCAAUUCAAACGAAGAAUCUAGCUACAUAAUUUAUUUAGAUGCGAAUAAUCUUUAUGGGCAAUCAAUGAGCAUGUAUUUACCGUAUGGAGGAUUCCAGUGGGUUAAAAACCCAGAAUCAAUAAACAUCUUCGAUCUGGAGGACGAAGAUGAAGUCGGAUAUAUUUUUGAAAUCGAUAUUAGCUAUCCUAAAGAACUGCAUCAUAAUCAUAACGAUUUGCCCUUUUUACCUGAAUCAAUCUUACCACCACAAGCCAAAUAUGCGAAUAAUCUUUAUGGGCAAUCAAUGAGCAUGUAUUUACCGUAUGGAGGAUUCCAGUGGGUUAAAAACCCAGAAUCAAUAAACAUCUUCGAUCUGGAGGACGAAGAUGAAGUCGGAUAUAUUUUUGAAAUCGAUAUUAGCUAUCCUAAAGAACUGCAUCAUAAUCAUAACGAUUUGCCCUUUUUACCUGAAUCAAUCUUACCACCACAAGCCAAAUAUGAAUAUCUUCUAUCAAUAUUCAAAGAUGAUUGCCACCCUCAUCUCAAAACCCACCUGAUUCUGGACAGAAAAGGUAUAAAAGGAAUCGGUUUGCUGCAACAAUUUUGCAAACUUCGAGUUGUUGAUCUUCGAAACAAUUACCUCUUUUCGAUCGGAAACUUGUCGAAUCAGACUUCAUUGACACACCUGUACCUCCAAGGUAACGAGUUGAGGGUAUUGACUGGCUUUCGUACCUUAGUAUCUCUCGAGGUACUCUACUUGGACUUUAACAAAAUAGAUGUCAUCGAAAAUCUGGGCAGCUGCCCUCUCAAAAUUUUGAGUGUCAAGGGACAGAUUUUGCAAGUCGGUCAAAUGAUCGCUUUCGAGCCUUUUACUAUUAAGUCUUUACAAAAGCACUUAAAAGUACUAAACGCGUCCAGGAAUAGGUUGCUAUCUAUCAAACAACUCAGCUCUUUGAAACAUCUGGAAGAACUAGACGUUUCCUGUAAUGAAUUGUGCGAUCUUAGAGAAUUUAUUGAUAAUGUAAGUGAGUUUUCAUCCCUGAAAAAGUUAAAUGUAGCAAAUAAUCGUAUCGCAAAAGACCCUUCUCUUGUAAAAAAUAUCGUUACGGUAUGCUCAAGACUGGAAAGCAUCAACGGUAAAAAUAUUUCCUUAAAUAUGCGCUCUUGGUGUGAAAAUAUGGCGGUUAAUAAACAAUAUGCUGAAGAUAAAAGCUUCUGGAAAGAAUGUUUUGACGAAAGUGUUUCAUGUCUUCCGACAUCAUACAGGCCUCCUAUGAACAAGGAUUUCGCAAAGAAAGUUUACAAAAAAAUAAAGAAUGAAGAUUGA